GGCCCUGAUAUAAUGACCUGCUCUGACCAUGUGCUUUAGCCAUUGUCCAAACCACGCUCUCUCUCUCUCUCUCUCACACACACACACACACACACACACACACACGCCAUCAUGGAGGGGCUUUGGAUCGCCGUGGCAACGUGCCUGCUCGCCUCCCGUCCUGUCAGAGGUAAGUUCUAGAGAGAGCGGAGUGUGUGACGCACCAUCAGGCCAGAGCUCUGCUUCACUGAGGAUGCUGAUGAGAAGAUUGUAGUGCUGAUGUAGUCUCGGGUCGAAGGUCACAGGUGCUGUUGAUGGUUAUGGUGAAAGGUGACACUGAGGCGUUUUUUUUAUUUCAUUAAGGGGAUGAAUGGAGGAGGGAGUAUGAAGAAGGACUCCGCUAUUACAGCAAGGAAGCCCUGAGGAAGGAACAUCCUGAGAAAAGCAGACCUGUGAGUUUUAAACAUCCUCCGUUCCGCUGUCCUGAUAUGAGCCCUUCAUCCACCGUACCCACAUCAGUUGAAGUGGUGAAAGCAGCAGAUAUUAAGGUGAUCGCUGCUCUGGGAGAUUCUCUGACGACGGCUAUCGGGGCGAACGCCACCACCGUGCUGGGGAUACCCAUCGAAUACCGACACGUCUCAUGGAGCAUCGGCGGUUACGGAAGCUUCCAGAACGUCAUAACACUCGCAAACAUCCUCAGACUCUUUAACCCCGAUCUAGUGGGUCCGGCUCGGAGCAGAACCGUGCACGGAACCCCGGCUCCGCUCAGUGAGACGGGUUUGAAUCUGGCCGUGACGGGACACAACACCUUUAAUCUUCCUGGACAAACUCGGCAUUUGAUCGACACCCUGAAGACGCUCGAGGACAUUAACUUUGAUGAGGACUGGAAACUGCUGACGAUUCUCAUCGGCAUGAACGAUAUCUGUGAUUACUGCAAGGACAAGUCGCUGUUUUCAGUGGAGAACUUCAUCCACUACAUGGCCACGUCCUUGGAGAUGCUGAUGAAUGAGGUUCCUCGGAUGAUUGUGAAUGUGGUUCAGAUUUUACCCAUGGAGAGGCUGAGGGAGGUGCAGAAGCCCACGCCUGGCUGUCUGCUCCAGAGGUCCUUCUGCUCGUGUCUGGUGAAGCCAGCCUCGGACUCUGCUGAUCUGAAAGAGCUGAUUGAGGUCAACCUCCAGUUCCAGAAUGCCCUGGAACAGCUUCUCCAUAGCGACCGGUUCUUUAAAAGCGACUUCGCUGUGGUUCUUCAGCCGUUUCUCAAACACGCAGACCCUCCACGACUUCCUAAUGGGAAGAUUGACAUGAGCUUCUUCACUCCGGACUGUUUCCACCUCACCAUAAAAGGACAUGAAGAGCUGGCCAAGGGUCUCUGGAACAACAUGUUCCAGCCUGUUGGGGAGAAGCUUAUGGUUGAGAGUUUUUCAAGCCCGAUCCAGCUCAUGUGUCCUCCUGUGGACCAUCCGUACAUCUACACCAAACCGCGUGCUGUGAGGAGUGACACGUCUGUAUCAGCGGGAGCUCGGCUAUCCACACUCCUCUUCCACUCUGCGCUCGUGUCUUUCCUUUUCUCCUGCUAGACCUGCACUCCAGCUGAACCCUGUACACACCGCAGCAUGAAGCAUCAGAUCCCUUCACUCUGCAGUACUGCAGCGCUUCUCCAACAUCCCGCAUGUCAACAUCAUACCUCAACUCCUAACUAAUUAGCAGUGACACCUUAAGGAACCAAAAUGAGGAGAAAACGCAUUAUUCCUAAAAGUAAUGGCACCCAGUAUUUAUACAGUAUCUAGGCGCAAUUAUCCGCUGUUUACAGAGUGCAGCUGUCUGAUAUCUGUAACUGUAUGUCUGAUCGAAUGUUAGGUUAGAAUAGUGAUUAAAUAUAUAGAGAACAAUAAGACAGGCAGAUACGACUUGUUAGGUAAGCAAGAAAAGCAAGGUGGGAAAAGAUGGGUUUUGGGUUGUGUUUUAAAAUCAGGGAGGGGGAUGUGAGGACGGAGAUGGACAGAGGAAGAGCGUUCCACAGUUUUGAGUCCUGUCUCCUAUGAUGAGCUGAGAGGAAGUGACAGAGAGCAGAUGAUCAGACAGUACAUGUGGGUAUAAAGGAAAGAGGAAGGAGGCUAGAUGAGUAGGCGGAGCCAGACCACACAAUGACUGUAAGCGAAACUCCUCCACAGAUGACUUGCAUAUUAAUCUUUCUAAUAUAGCAACAGUGUUCAAGAUGUAUUUUGAGUUCUUUCAUCAUGUUGGUCUGUUUUCAUUUCUUUGGUUAACGGUGUCCACCAUUACCCACAAUGCCAUUCGACAAGCUGCGGAUAGUGGUGCUCUACCUAGAGAGAGCGAUGCAGCGGCGCUUUAGUCUCACGUGUGUACACUCUGCUCAGAUCAGAUCAGCUUCCAAAGCAACACCAUCUCCGUCGUUAUCUCACACAUCGCUAGCUAGCCGAGCCGAGUCUCUGCUGUAACUCAGCAUCGUAUAGCUGCAUUGCAUUCUGGGACUUUGAGCAAAACCCAUCAGGGAAACCUGUAGUGUUUGAGAUUGUAUUUGAGAUUGCUGAAAUUUUGUUUCCAUUGUAACUGCACUAGCAAUAAUAAAAACAAUGUCUCCCUGUGACGUGUGUGCAGGACACAACCGCUAACUCGUCACAGGAAUAACGAAA